AUGUCGUCAACAAUCCCUACCCGGACACGUACAAUCUGGGUUGAAAAAUUUCAUCCCAAUCUCUCCUACAAAUCGGACAAUGUUGAGAAUUUCGCGCCGAACAACUUCAGAGCAUCCAACAACUCAAACACGAGGAUUCCUCCUAACUUUUCUUUUCAGUCCAGGGGUCCAAAUCAGAACUCCAACUAUAGAACUCAAGGGCAAUCCUACAUCAAUGUCGCACCUCUAGGUAAUCAGAUUGCUCAGCUAGCAUUAGCCAUUCAAAGACCAUCUGGGUCUCUUCCAGAUAGCUCUGAGACUAAUCCUCGUGAACAUGUCAAUGCUAUUACCUUGAGAAGUGUUUACGUGCCUCCUCCUAGGUCACCACCAGUACCGUUUCCAUCCCACCUGAGAAAGCACAACGAAGACAGCCAAUUCGCAAAGUUCGUUGCGAUGCCGAAGAAACUCGAGGUAACCGUGCCAUUCACUGCCGCUAUUUUGCAGAUUCCCUCAUACACGAAGUAUCUGAAGGACAUCCUGACCAAGAAAAGGGUUAUUGAGAAAGAAACCAUGGCGCUUAUUGUUGAAUGCAGUGCUCUGAUCCAACACGAGCUUCCGCUUAAGCGGUCCGAUCCAGGUAGUUUCUCAAUCCCUUGUAAAUUGGGUAAUAUUUCCAUCGAUCGUGCACUUUUUGAUCUGGGAACCGACGUCAAUCUUCUUCCAUUAUCGAUCUUCAAGAAAUUGAAUGUGGGUGAGCUAAAACCCACUAGAAUGAUUCUCCAACUUGCCAAUCGUUCUGUUAAAUAUCCUGUUGGAAUAUUUGAGGAUGUGCCGCUGAAAGUCAGGAACUUCUAUAUCCCCGUUGACUUCGUGGUCCUCGACAUGGAUGAACACUCUAAGAUACCUAUCAUUCUUGGUCGUCCAUUCCUUAACACUGCAGACGCAAUUAUCCAUGUUUGA